UUUGCGCGUGAAAGAGAGAGAAAGAGGGAGGCGCGUCACGUGCUCACUCGCUCUCCCUCACUCACUCCUCUGUCGUGCGCCACACGGCCAUGGGCUCUGUUUCCCUCCAGAUCGGCGACGGCACCGCUCGCUUCCGCCGCGCCACCCUCUGCUCCUCCGCCCUCCACCUCCUCAUGCUCUCUUCCGUUAUCACCACUAACCUCUUCGCUUUCUACGCGUUCACCUCCUCCCCCUCUUCCUCUUCUGCCGCCGCCCAUGCCCGCAACAUCUCCCUCAUCUCUGAGAACGUCGCCCUCAUCGUCCGCGAGAUCGAGGCCUCCGAGCGCCGACUCCACCAGAUCGAGCGCGAGCUCGCUGGCUACGACACCUUCGAUCCCGCCAAGUCCUCUCUCCCGCCCGACCUCAAGCUUUUCCUCGCUCGCCACCCCCUGCCCCUUGGCCGCGACGCUCGUUCCGGCAUCACCGAGAUGGUGUCUUCCGUCGCUCACUCUUGCGCCCGCUCUCCCGCCGCCGAUCUCCUCGCCCGCUAUAUGUCCUAUGAGCCCGCUGCCCCUUGCCCCCUCGACGAUCCCUUCCUCCCUCAGAAGCUCGUCGCCAAGGCCUGCGAGCCCCUCCCUCGCCGACGCUGUCUUUCGCACUCAACAGCUACCGCUGCAGCCCCCCGCCUUCCGUUUCCUCAGUCUCUCUGGAGCCCCGGCACCAAGAACCCUGGCGCCGGAAUCUACGGCCUCGACAAGCAAUUAUGGAUCAAACCCCGGCGGAAAAGUGAUAUCUUGAUCGAUGAUGUCCUUGCUCUCGGCCGCGGUGGGAUCCGGAUCGGGUUUGAUAUCGGCGGCGGAGCUGGGAACUUUGCGGCCCGCAUGGCGGAGCGGAACGUCACCGUCGUGACGUCGACCCUCGAAGUAGGGGGAAAGCCAAUGAACGAAUUCAUAGCUGCUCGAGGCCUCUUUCCUCUGCUCCUCUCCCCUUCACAGAGGUUUCCAUUCAUCGACUCGGUAUUCGACCUGGUGCACACAAUGAAUGCCUUGGACGAGGGCGGAGCUCCAGCACUGGGGCAGGCAAGCCGUACAGAGGCGCUAGAGUUCUUGAUGUUCGAUAUCGAUCGCGUCCUUAGACCAGGGGGCUUCUUCUGGCUCGACAACUACCUCUGCGCCGGCGACGAGCGGAAGCGCAUGGUAACCAGGCUGAUAGAGAGGCUGGCGUACAAAAAACUUAAAUGGGCGGUCGAGGAGAAGGCCGAAGCCAGCGGCACGGAGAAGGCACAACAACUGUAUCUCUCCGCUCUGCUACAGAAGCCGGCUAGAGGCUGAAGUGCAUCACUGUCGAUGGAGGAUACAUGCUAUGAAGGUUCGUCACCAAAGGAUAACAAGGCAUAAUGUGUGAAUUCUUGAUUUUUCUCAACAGCCAAAGUUUGAACAUGUAAACCUGUUAUACAAAUAGUUUCAGUUGCAGGGUUUUAUAUAUUGGCAAAAAACUGGAGAACCAGGGCACAGAUUUAAGAAAGUUUAUGCAUCAUAAGGCCUAGAGCAAAUCCGGGGCGGAUGCAGGAUUUUCGAUUUGGUGAAGCCGCCGUUUGUUUAUUCGGAGGUGCGGAUAAAGAAGGGAAAGAAAAUCCCCGUGGGAAUAUAUCUGUGAAGGAGAAGGGAAAGGAAAGCAUAAUGGAAAGACAAAGGAUAAGGCUUAGUUGGGAAGUUGGAAGGGAAAUUAUGUGUUUUUUUAUUUGGGAGUGGAGGAAAGAAAAGAAAGGAAAUUAUUUUUUUUUGUUUGGGAGUUGGAGGAAAGUGAAAAGAAAAUAUUUAAUAAUAUAUUCACGAUUUUUAUAAUCUUUAAAUUGUUUUAAGCUCUAAUUAUAUGGUUGAUACUGUAUAUAUUAGCCAAUAAAUUUAUUCAUCAUGAAAAAUUUUAAAAUUA